UCAACGGCGCGAUAAUUCCCACAUCCGCCCGCUCUAUACACUACUCUGCUGCGGCUCGAAGACAGCACUCAGUGUUCACGGAGACACGGAGGGAGGGAGACAGCCAACUGGAGUCUCUGUGAGUGGAUGGCGUGUUGUGACUAUUGUUGUGAUCUGUUGUUGGUGUUGCCGUGACCUGUUUUGGAGUUGGGUGUGGGUGGAGCGAUCAGCUGGCGCGGCGCGUGAAGCCCUGAAAGUGUUGUCGUCUGCGGUGCGUGAGAGAGACCACCUGUCAGCCAUGGUACUAAGCGCCACACUGACGUUCCUCCGGCGAGUGUACCAGUUAGCGGUGCGGGCGGUCUUGUGGGCGCUGUGGUCGUACAAGUCGCCCGCCCGCCCGCUGCGCCCAGUCACUGACCCGCUGUUGGUGCAGCCCGCCCACGUGCUCGCGGAGUGGAUUCGGGGCGGGAAGGUGACCUCCUACGCCGUGGUGAAGGCCCACGUCGACCGCAUCGGCGCCGUGAACCCCGUCCUCAACGCCGUGGUGGACGAUCGCUUCCGGCAGGCGCUGGCGGAGGCGCGGGAGGUGGAUCGCGCCCUGGACUCUUGCUCGCCGGAGGAGAAGGAACGCCUCGCCGCCUCCAAGCCGUUCUUGGGCGUGCCGUUCACGACGAAGGAGAACGUGCGGGUGAAGGGUCUGAGUCACACGGGCGGAUUAGUAGCGCGGAUCGGAAGGAGAGCGAAUGAAGACGCUGUUGUAGUCAGGUUGAUGAAGGCUGCAGGAUGGGUAUCGUUAGAAGGCGCUGGUCUUUAUACCGAGAAGCUGAAGAAGGGAGGAGUCCUUGUCGCCGGCCCGCUCGGACGCUGCGUGAAGGACCUCAUCCUCUCGCUGCAAGUCCUGGCGCCACAGGAUGCAACGGGACUCAUGGAUAAGAUAGAGAAAACGGAACUUUCCAAGACCAAAGUUUGGUGGGCGGAAGAACUAGACUCCCCUCUCUUCUCCCCCGUUGAUUUCCGAUUACGUAAUCUGCUCCACAAGGUUCUGCAUUUCCUCGAUCACUCCAACGCUGCUUACGUCGCCAAGUGGCCGCUAGAUAUGAGCGACGCCUAUCAGGUGUGGAGCAACAAAAUGGCCGACGAUUACAGCGGGGAACCGAGCCUGACGUGUGACAUGACGGACAGGAAGGGGGAGGUGAAUCUGGCGCGGGAGUGGUUCCUGUGGCUCACGGGUCGCGGCCGCCACACCUUCCCGACGCUGUUCCAGGCCGUCCUCCACAAGGCUUCGGGGCAGAAGAAGGAACCUGAAACUUCGCCCUUUUACUGGAAGACUUAUCAAGAGAAGUUCAAGGAGGUCCUGGGGAAUGACGGUGUGUUGAUCUUACCUGUCCUGCCCAUCAUCUCCCCCUACCACAACGAGCCCAUUCUCAACCCCUUCGAUAUCUGUUACACCGCAAUGUUCAACGCCAUAGAGUUUCCAAGCACGGCCGUGACGCUUGGACAGACGAGUGAUAAUUGUCCCAUAGGCCUACAGAUUGUAACUACACCAGGGAACGAUCACUUAAGUUUAGCAGUGGCUAAGGUUCUCGAGAAAAAGUUUGGUGGUUGGGUCCCCCCUUUCGAAGUACAAAUCCCGUCUUCUUCCAAGAAGGAUUCAUAGAAAACGUUUCAGUUACUUAGGUUUACGGAGUAACUUUACUAAUUUUUAUAUAGAUUUUUUUUGUUUUUGUUUUGAAUUUAAACUUUCUUAUAUAUGUUGACUAAGAACCAUUUUCAUAUAUAUCAAAUUGAUAAUCUUAUUAUAUCUCGUUACCCAGUGUUUAGGAGAGCUGAGUUGAAUAUCUUGAUAACAACCAGCAUGUAAAAUAGAACAGAUGAUAUCAGAACAUGAUCUAGAACGGAUUUAAUGUCAUGAGAUACCUCCAUCGUUUCUUUUGCCAACUAGUCAAUGAAAUAAAAGCACUUAAUAAUGAUGAUAACACAUU